AGAAAGAUAGAGAGAGAGAGAGAGAGAGAAUGCGCGCGAUCGAGAAAGGAGCGAAAAAAUUAAAAACAUCGAAUAGACGCGAUUAGAGCGCGAGAACCGAAUCGAUUCCAGAUUGUGAAAAGAAUUAUACAUACUUUGGUGCUAUAUAUCGAGAUAUGAGACUGGAUAUAAAAUACAUUAUACCAAAAACUGCUAUGUCACUUUAUUAUAUAUUGUUCAACAGUUGAAGAGCAAUUAUAUCCUGAUCUUACAUUUUUUAUGGAGAUUGUAAAUACAAGUUGUUGAACGCACACACGCACACGGAAAAAAAGGGGGAAAAGGAUAAUAUAUACAUACCUAUACAUAUAAUGUUAACACAGUCAUUUAAUUUCGGAGAAACGCCGUUUAAAAAUAAAUCUGAAAUACAUGACGAAUUAAUAGCAGAUUUAGGAAAAGUUAUCACUAACAAUGGACAUUUACAAAAAUGUGAACUUCAGGAAAAAGUCAAUGCUCUCUGCAAAUGGAUGUGUACAACACCUAAAAAAAGUAUUUAUAGACUAGAUCAUUUAACAGAUCAACAAUAUACAAACAAUCUGCAGAAACUAUGUAAAGCAUUGAAACAGGUUGAUAAACCAGAUCCAUCUGUUCACUUUUUACCCGAUCUUCCAAAUGGGAUAGUCGCUGUUGAUAAUUGGAAUUCAUCGGUAUGUCUUGAUUUAAAAAGAUAUCCACAGGAGAUCAUUGUUGAUGCUGUAUGUGGUGCGGCUGUAUUAAGAGGAUCUCACAUUUAUGCUCCUGGUGUUAUUGGAAUGCCAAAUGGUUUAACCAUUAAUUGUAAAGUCAGCGUAUUCGCUGACGUUACUGGUCAUUGUAAAAAAGGUUUAAUUAAACCAUAUCCAGAUAAUGAGAAAAUGUACUUGGGUAAUGGCAUUCUUCGAAAAACUAGGAAAGAGUUAUUUAGUAAAGAUGCAAAAAAUCCAUGCGGUAUCGCAAUAAUUAUGACUGAUGUAAUCUCACGAGUUCCACAAUUGAAUACAGAUAACGAAUCUCUGAGACCAUACGCAUUGUUACAAAAUUUGCCCUCUAUUAUAUGCAGUCUAGUUUUAAAUCCUCAACCAGGUGAGACAGUUUUGGACAUGUGUGCUGCACCUGGUAAUAAAACUACGCAUAUUUCGUUUCUUAUGAAAGGACAGGGUACAAUAAUAGCGUUGGAAAAAAAUCCGGGAAAAGUGAACCGAUUUAAGAAAACUUGUAAUAAUGAAAAUAUUAAAAUAUUUUGUUACGAUGCUACAAAGGCUGUCGUCGAACAGUUUCCAGAGAAUAGUUUCGUCCAUACCAAUGGACCACCGUUUGAACAGGAUCACUUUGAUCGUAUUCUUUUAGAUACUCCAUGUAGCGCAUUAGGUCAAAGACCACAAUUGUAUAAUACAAUCACGUUGGCGCAACUUCGUUCUUACAUUCCCUUACAGCGAAAUCUCUUUUCUGCCGCCGUUCGUCUUUUGAAACCAAACGGAAUACUGGUGUAUAGUACAUGCACUGUCACAAUAGCAGAGAACGAAGGAAUCGUUGCUUGGGCAUUAAAACAAUUUCCAGAGUUAAAAUUAGAAUCCGUUAAAGAUCGGAUAAAAACGGAUAAAUAUGGCAGUCAAGGAUAUACCAUAGAUGGUUUAACGAAUGAGAAUGCGAGAAAAGUACGUAGAUUCGGUACUGAAAGUGUUGAUUCUGUUGGAUUUUUUAUCGCAUGUUUCAAAAAGUGUCAAAAUGAUUGAAUGUAUUGAAACUUUGUACUAUACAUGUAAGUAAAUUAAUUUGAUAUUGAAAAAUAGAAACUUGAGUGAAAGAUAGACCCGAUAAAUUUAAUACGUGUGAGAAUGAAAUUUUGUUACCUUUAUCAGCCCUCUAUGUUAACAAAUUGAAUUAAAAGAAUAUUAUACCUACUUCUUAUACUUUACUAUCGUUUGCGAUUCCAUCUCCAAUGAGCUCUGUUGUUAUUAUGGAACAAUUGUCGCAAAUUGCAUACAAUGUCUCUUCCUGAGUUUACAGUGAGCGAAGAGAAAGAAGAGACAGAGAAAGAGAGAAGAGAAUUAUUAAAGAAUAAGAAAAAUAUUGUAAAAUUUUACUUUUUUCACAUUAUAAUUUACGUGCAUUCCGUGAGCAUCGGGGAAAAAAUAGAUAUAUAGAUAUAUAUAUUCUUGCGACUUUAGUGUAAAAUAUGCGGGCCACAUAGCAAAAGAUGGUAGAAUCAGCAUAUUAUCGUUAGUCACAUCCUGAAAUAAGAUACAGUAAUAUUUAUGAUUGCUGUUUACGCAAGAUAUAUCUUUAUACCUCGAUAUGCAUCGAGCACCAGUCGAUUUCGCUCAUAAUGAAGAAUCUUCCUUCGCCGCCGAUAUUUUUAACCAUCAGAGAUAAAAUAACUUGUUGAUCUAGGAGGCACUUUCCACAUUCGAAGCUUUUUAAUUUCUUGCAAUACAUUACACUCUCUUCAGAUGUAUUUGAUAUAUCGUUGCUUCUUGUACCGAAAGUGUACCGAGACUGUGAAUUUAUUUUCUCCUGAGAAAAAAAGAUGUGUGCAGAUUAUUCGAUAUAUUAUUAAAAAGGAAAACGAAGUUUUGUACCUUUUCAUAGGAAUUUAUUUGUGUAAAUGGAAUUUCCACAAACCACUUUCUAUCACUUUUUAUCACGGUUUUUGCUCGAAGUUCUUUUCGCGGAUAUUGAAAAUACGCGAUAGUAGUCACUGUGACAGCAGUAGCAUAAAACGAUAAGUACAUCAAGAAAAAUGUCUAUUUUGUACAUACUUUAUAUUAUUCUCGCACAUUCUUAGUUCUGUUUGAAAUUUUUUUUGCAAAUAGGCAGCUUUUCUAAAAACCUAUUCGAGAAACUUAUGGGUAUAUCACUUACUUCGCAAUAUUGGUGAAUCUCGACGUCCGCGCAAUUUAAUAAUCACCGAACGUCCUUGUUGUACAUUUAUCAUUAACAUUUCUUCGGGUUCGUCCAAGAUAUCGCAACGAAAGAAAAUAAUCAAUUUUACGUGCAUUCCUGGGCAAAUACCACUCUUUUGUCCUUUGUAUUCAAUCAUGACAGUGAAUCGUGAAUAUAUAGGCCUUGCUGCUAAUUGAAAUCUGGCUAAAGAUGUACUCACAUUUUGUAGUAUGACAACUUUCUAUAAUAAAGAAUAUGAGAAUA